UUUCCUCAAAAUAUAACACGACAACAGACUAGAGAAUAGAAGAGCUCUGUCUUCGUUACUCCUCUUUCAGGCGAAAACCUAAUCCCCAAAUAAUCAUCUGAUUUGAUUUCUCAAAACUCAGUCAAAUCAAAUCAAUAAAAAAAUGGUGUUGGCAGAGUUAGGGGGGAGUAUAUCCCGAGCAAUCCAGCAGAUGAGCAAUGCUACAAUCAUCGACGAGAAAGCAUUAAACGAUUGCUUGAACGAGAUCACUCGCGCUCUUCUUCAAUCCGAUGUUCAAUUCAAGCUUGUUCGUGAUAUGCAAACCAAUAUCAAGAAAAUCGUCAAUCUUGACGAUCUCGCCGCCGGUCACAACAAGCGCAAAAUCAUCCAGCAAGCAAUAUUCAACGAGCUGUGCAAAAUGUUGGACCCAGGAAAGCCAUCUUUUACUCCAAAGAAAGGAAAAACUAGUGUUGUUAUGUUUGUUGGUUUACAAGGGUCGGGGAAAACAACAACAUGUACGAAAUAUGCGUAUUAUCACCAGAAGAAAGGGUGGAAACCAGCGCUAGUUUGCGCUGAUACUUUCAGAGCUGGUGCUUUUGAUCAGCUGAAACAGAAUGCUACUAAAGCUAAGAUUCCAUUCUAUGGAAGCUAUAUGGAAUCGGAUCCUGUUAAAAUUGCUGUGGAAGGUGUGGAGAGAUUCAAGAAGGAAAAUUGUGAUCUUAUAAUUGUUGACACUAGUGGGCGGCAUAAACAGGAAGUUGCGCUUUUUGAAGAAAUGCGACAAGUUGCUGAAGCAACGAAACCGGAUCUUGUUAUAUUUGUCAUGGAUAGUAGUAUUGGUCAAGCUGCAUUUGAUCAGGCUCAAGCAUUUAAGCAAAGUGUUGCAGUUGGAGCUGUGAUUGUUACCAAAAUGGAUGGUCAUGCUAAGGGUGGUGGUGCACUUAGUGCUGUUGCAGCAACAAAGAGUCCUGUCAUUUUUAUUGGCACAGGAGAGCAUAUGGAUGAGUUUGAAGUCUUCGAUGUUAAACCUUUUGUUAGUCGGCUUUUAGGUAUGGGUGAUUGGUCUGGUUUCAUGGACAAAAUCCAUGAGGUUGUUCCUAUGGAUCAACAACCAGAGCUUCUGCAAAAACUUUCUGAAGGGAACUUUACCUUGAGGAUUAUGUAUGAACAAUUCCAGAAUCUACUAAAAAUGGGUCCCAUUGGGCAGGUGUUUUCAAUGCUUCCUGGAUUUAGUUCUGAAUUAAUGCCAAAAGGUCGUGAAAAGGAAAGCCAGGCAAAGAUUAAGCGCUAUAUGACCAUGAUGGAUUCAAUGACUAAUGAAGAGUUGGAUAGUUCAAAUCCAAAGCUUAUGAAUGAGUCACGUAUUAUGAGGAUAGCACGGGGUUCAGGCCGUUCAGUUAGAGAUGUAAUGGAAAUGUUGGAAGAGUACAAACGACUUGCUAAGAUCUGGAGCAAAAUGAAGGGACUUAAGAUUCCAAAGAAGGGUGAAAUGAGUGCCCUUUCUAGAAACAUGAAUGCACAACACAUGAGCAAAGUUCUCCCACCACAGAUGUUGAAGCAGAUUGGUGGUAUGGGUGGCUUGCAAAAUUUGAUGAAGCAAAUGGGUUCUGCCAAGGACAUGAUGGGCAUGUUUGGAGGUGGGGACAAGUAAAUGAGUGAUUAGAAGUUUAGGAAACUAUAAAUGAGUUAAAUUGGUUUUUAGCAUUGCCUGGCUGGAUAGGAAGAGGUAUGGAAUGGUUUAGUAGGGAAAUGGUGCCUCCAACAGUUUUUAGCAGACAUUCUUGAAAGAUUAAGGCCUUUGACUCAAUUCGUUUUAUUUUUCUCCUCCCUUUUUCUGAAACAGCGGUGCAGUCUUGUAACAAUAACUGUGGCUGUCAAAGUCUUUCCUGUUUUAUUUGUAUUUAUUCAAGGCGGGUGAAAAAAUAGAUGUCAUGUCUAAGCAUAAAAGGAUGUAGAGCUAAAGAUGUGGAUUUUGCAUAAUAAAUUGGGCUUUUUUUCUUGUCA